GUGCUCAGUCGAAUUAAAGGUGAUCGUACUUAUGACUAACAAACUAUCGCACAACAGAAACCGCAUACGGUUGGUUAGUAGCGUUAGUCGUGAACCUGAAAAUAGCACGUGUUUCGUUUCAUAAUUAUCAUUUUAAUUGGAAGAUUCAGAAGUCGCAGACACACUGGCUGUCUCUCCAUCCAAAAGUCUUCACCUUUCAAUUGUCAGUGCGAAGAAAUUCGAUCUUAUCUGGAUCAAUAAUUGAUGUACUACUGGACUUUUAUUGAUAUUGAUCCAAUUGCCCAGAUAGGAUCGAUACAACUUACCAUUAUAGUGGCUAUGUGAGAGUUCGUUGAAGUUUUUAACGUGUCAGUUUGAGUUUUUGUGGUAUAUUGAAUCUCAGGAAAAAUGGAGUUUUUGGAGGAACUAGGUUUCGACAGGACUAUGUACCUUAAACCAGUAAACUGGUCCAGCUUCAAACAUGCCUUGACCAGAAAAAAAAUAGUAGACUAUGACGAGGAGAGUAAACUCAGCAAGGUGUUAUCUACGGUAGAUCUUGUAGCACUAGGUAUAGGAAGUACCCUCGGAGCUGGUAUAUACGUGUUGGCUGGUGAUGUUGCUAGAAACACCGCUGGGCCAGCAAUCGUGAUCUCAUUCUUUAUAGCCGCAGUAGCCUCAGUUUUAGCAGGACUAUGUUAUGCUGAAUUUGGUGCAAGAGUUCCAAAAGCUGGAUCAGCUUACAUUUAUACCUAUGUUUGUAUUGGAGAAUUUUGUGCAUUUAUUAUAGGUUGGAAUUUGAUUUUAGAAUAUUUGAUUGGAUCUGCAACUGUUACCAAAGCAAUAUUCACUUAUUUGGACAAGCUAACGGAUGAAAAGAUGUCGGACUUUUUCAAUAGCACAGUCCCAAUACAUGCGGAUGGCUUUGGAAACUUUACAGAUCUGUUUUCUCUCACAUUGGCUAUACUAUUUUCUGUCGCUAUAGCUUUUGGAGUCAAAGAAUCCUCUUUCAUCAACAACAUCUUUACACUGACCAAUCUGACUGUGGUAUGUACUGUUAUAAUUUCUGGAUUUUGGAAAGCGGACACGUCUUACUGGAGUAUUCCGAAGGAGAAAAUACCAAGCGGAUAUGGUGACGGUGGUUUUGCCCCUUAUGGCAUUAAAGGAAUAAUCAAAGGUGCUGCUAGAUGCUUUUUUGCCUUCAUUGGAUUCGAUUGCAUCGCUACAGCAGGCGAAGAAGCCAAAAAUCCGCAGAAAUCGAUACCAAUUGGAGUGGUCGUUUCUCUCAUCAUCGUAUUUUUGGCGUACUUCGGUGCCUCUGCUAUGAUUACACUGAUGCUUCCUUAUUACGAACAGGACCGUGAUGCACCUUUGAUUUAUGUGUAUGAAAGAAUGGGGUGGCCUGUUCUGAAGUAUUUAGUCAGCAUUGGGGCGCUUUGCGGAUUAUUUGCAAGUCUUUUAGGUGCCAUGUUCCCUUUGCCCAGGAUAAUUUACGCCAUGGCUUCUGAUGGGUUGAUUUUUCGAUUCUUAUCGAAAGUUCAUCCAAAAUUCCACACUCCUUUCAUGGGAACCUUGGUUGCUGGUACAAUUGCAGGUGUUCUGGCGUGUCUCUUUGAUUUGGAAAAAUUGUCCAGCAUGAUGUCCAUUGGAACGUUGUUUGCUUACUCCAUGGUAGCAGCUUGUGUUAUGGUUUUGAGGUACAGCGAAGAAAAAUCCGUCAAACCAAAAGACAGUAAAGAGGAAACUCUUUAUAAAGUUUUCCUAAGGCAGAUUAUUUUUCCCCAGUCUGAUGUUCCUACGAAACUCACGUCAAAAUUCGUUUCAAGUAUGAUUAUGUCUUUCGGAUUUCUCUGUUUGUUUGGAUCGGGACUCUUGGCAGUUUUUGAGGAAGAAUUGAACAAAGGAGAAAUCUGGCUAUUUACCCUACUUGGUUUUAUUGCCGUGUCUUUGUUUCUCAUUUUGUUGUUAGUAUCACUGCAACCAACUUCUUCUCAAACAUUAACAUUUACGGUACCACUAGUUCCAUGGAUCCCUGGUUUGAGCAUAAUGAUCAAUACCUACUUAAUGACAACUUUACCAACUUCAACAUGGAUAUAUUACUUAUGUUGGAUGGCUAUCGGUCUUUUAAUAUAUUUCCUGUACGGAUUUUGGAAUAGUUUAGAGGGCCAUAAAAAUUCGGAUACUUAUCCACUGAGGAAAAGGAAAGAUGUAGAAAGUUCUGGAUUGUGAAGAAGCGAAUUGGAAGACUUGAAAACCAACCGGAAAGCUGUGAGCUACAACCUCUUUUGGCAGCUCGUCAAUAUACUCAUUGCCCAUUGAAUGCACAAGCCAAAGACUGACACUUUUAUAAGAUGAUAUCUGAAUGAAGAAUAACUAGAGAAAUUGUAAUUAGUUUGCUUCAACAAUAUUACAGUCAAAGGUGCAUUGGAUGAUAUAGGAUUAUUUUUCAAUAUUAUUGACUUUGAAUGAAAUAUAGUUUACUAAACAAAU